UAAUAUGUUAUGAAUGUUAUUAAUUGCCUCAAUAAAUUUAAUACUAUAAAAUUAAUAAGUUUAAUUUGAUGAAAUUAUGUAAUCAAUAACAUUAAUUACUUACAUACAUAUAUAAGUUAUCUUUCUUUGCUAGCGCCCUCUUAGUUUCCAAUAAAGAUGAUGGUCUAAAUACAGAACGUUUUUAGUAUAUUUCUUUAUUAUUGAAGUAAAACAUACAAAUAUUAAAUACUCAAUAUUUAUCAUUGAUCCAAAAAUACGAAAAAUGUGUGUGCAGACAAUUUUUUCAACGUAAAUACUGUGAUUCUGAUUGUAUAUGUAUCGCAAUAAUUAGUAUUUAUCGAAACAAUAGGAAUUCAGUAACUAUGACAAAUCAAACAAUGAAUAACAAGAUUACGUUUAAUACUUUAAUAUCUUAUAUUAGUUUCUUCGUAUAAAAACGAAGUUAAAUAUUUUGUCGACAUUCAUUUCAAUUUUACAGUCAUAAUAACUGUAUUACUUUAAUAUUUUUAUAAGUAUCAAUACGAAAGAAGGAAAAGUGAAAAAACUGAAAAAUAUGGAGGUAGAUGAUUGUUCAGCUGGUGGAGAUACUGGAGGAGAAGAAGAUGAAGAUGAAGCUUCUACUCAUGGAUCAGUAAGUAACAGUAGUAGUAGUGGGAUGAGCGGCAGUAGUACUUCAACUGAUAGUGGAGAAGACAGUGGAGAAGAACGGGAUUCUAGUGAUACAGAUAGUCAUAGUUCUGCAGAUGAAGAUGACGAUGAAAAUGAAAAUACUGAAUAUUCAGUAAAAGCAGAAAGUUCAGAUGCUCUGAGGUGGGAAACUUGUGUGGCUGCAAAUAUUCGACUGAAACUUCCACAAGAUCUUUGCGAAGAUUCUGCUAUCUUCAAAGAGUUAUUAGAUUACCCAUAUUUUUGGAAUGAAUGCCUUAGUGAAAAUCAAAGAGAAUCUUUAUAUAGCUUCUUACCAACUUUUCCAAAAGAUUGUGAUAUCGAAGCUGAAAUGGAAAGAACAUUGCAAAUGCUAUUUGAUAGAGAGGAUCAUAGAUUUGGAGUUGCAACGCUGGAUGCAUUUCAUAAACACCUUUUAGCUGGUUAUUAUAGACCAGAUAUCAAACGAAUGCGCAGUUUGCUACAUAAAGCACAACAAAAAAGACUGUUGUUUGAAGAACGCAAAAGAUCAUACGAGCUUGCCAAUCAGUUACUUAAAUCACGAGAGAGUUUAUUAUCUAAUGCAUAUAAACAGGGUUUUAGCCAGCCUGUACAUCGAACAAUGUCUAAAUUUCAUUGGAAGAAACCAAAACCAGCAAUGGUUGAAGAGAAAACCCAGCUACGCUAUUUGGAGGAACUGAGUAUCCUGAGGACUGAACUGGGAGCUAGUGCAAGGUUAGCACCUGACACAACAUCUGAAAAUGAAGAAAAUUAUUUAUAUUAUCAACUAUCUGGAACUAAACAAAAGAAGAAAAAGCGCUCCACCAUGAGUCUUCAAGGAUUAUCAAUUAGAGGGUUGCAGAUCAAUCAAGAAGAUGAAACAAUUCGGCCUGUAUUUUCGACGUUCCAACGAACAGACUACGCAUCGAAUAGAUCGUUAUUUGUUCGUGAACAAACAGAAGAAGCAUAUCGUGCAAUGUUAAUAGCUCAUAAAAAGAGAAGAGCACAUCAUGAUAUUCAUCCUGAAUUAAAUACUCAGGGCAUUGCUCUUGCCGACUUAACUCAAAGAGCACAGACUGGCCAAAAGCACAAGCUUUCAAUUAAUACUUCUAUAAGAAUAACUCCUGCUAAGAAACGCAUUAAAUUAGAACAGUCUACACUUUGUCCACCUGCACCAAAAUUAAUAAAUUCAAAUUCUACAAAACAUGAAAGUGAUAACAGUGACUAUUCUCAUACAACAGAUGAUAAUAGACAUUCUAAUGCAGUGGACAUAGAUCACAAGCUGACGCCCAUAAAGUCUGAACCUAUAGAUGUAUAUGACAUACAUCAAGUAUCAAAGAAAAAAAUGAGCCCUGUUACUCCUAGGAGUAAUAAAUCUAUUCCAAGCACAUUAGAAAUUAAGAAAGAAGUAGAAGAAAUGGACUUUGAUGAUAUAAAAACGGAGAUUAAUACAGGCACAAAUGAUGAUGUUAUGCCAGAAACAGAGGAAGAUGAGGAAAAUGACAAAAAAGAACUUGAUUUAGGCAGUAUCGAUAUGAUGCAAAUACCAAUUCAACUUGAUGAUGGUAUUGAUAUUCUUGAUGAUGUGAAAUGUGAGAAUGAAAAUGUUAUGGCUAUGAGAGAUAAAGAAAUUUCUGUACCUAGUGGAGAAGAUACUAUUGAUGUUAAUAGUGGAGCAGAACUUAUGCAAGAAACUCAUGCAUCAUUUUUUUCUUUGCUGAGAGAUGCUUUCACUUCUAAAGGAGAAUUUAGAAUGAGUACUGGAGAAAUAAAGGACGCUAUUACACAAUGGCAAGGCAAUCCAAUUUCACCACUAAAUGACUGGUAUUCUUUAGCAUCUUCAUGGCCAUCGUUAGUUCCAUUAGCUUUGGGAUUUCUUGCUGGUGAAUUAACAUAUUCUCAGGAAUUGGAACAAUCACAGGAACGGGAACAAGAACUUGUUCCCUACUUAGAAAAUAAAGGCAGUGGUGUAUAUGCUUGGAUUGGUGCAGGCAGGGAUUCGGAUUCUCGUUUAUUAGAUUUGUGUACAAGAUUUUUAAUGCAUAGGGAUUCACUGGGGCCAUCUUAUAUUUCAUCUGGUGUAGUUUCUGUAAAACAAGUAUCACAAUUAUCGACGUCAAGUAAUAAUAAUAAUAACAAUGGAAACAAUACAACCAAUGGAAACACUAGAAGUGGAAGCCCUGCAGUAGAAUCAAUUAAUAUCGAUACGAGUUCUCUUGGAUCUAUUACAGAAUGGGAACCACCACGAGCAUUAUGGCCUACAGAAUGGAAAGUCCGACCGUCUACAAUCGAAGAACGUGAAGAAUUUAGAAGACAAGAACGAAUGCGCUAUGCAGCACCUCAUAAAGCAUUUACUUAUCGCAUGCAUGGAUAUGCAUCUGUAGUAGGACCUGUCAAAGGCAUUUAUCAACAUAAUGUUGGAUCUGGAUUAACUAAACCACGAGGGCAUUCUUUAUUAGUAGCCGACCGACCAAAUUUUGUAACAAUCUUAGCGUUGGUCAGAGAUGCUACAGCUCGAUUACCAAAUGGUGAAGGAACUCGUGCUGACAUAUGUCAGUUAUUAAAAGAUUCUCAAUACAUAAGAGAACAAGGCGAGAGCGAUGACAAAGAAGGGUAUUUACAUUCAGUUGUGUCAGGUGCUUUGGACAGAUUGCAUUAUGAAACAGAUCCAUGCGUUAGAUAUUAUCCUCGGCGAAAAGAGUGGCUAUAUCUUCAUAGAGCUCGUUCAGAAUCGGAAUUUGAAAUGUAUCAUCAACAGUUACAAGGCGUAGCAAAAAAUAAAAAAAAUGUAGGAAAUACGUCACGAAAUAAAUUAUUACAACCAUCUAUUAAACCUAUUGUACAUAAGGAACAAUCUCCUAAUAGCAGCAAAGAAACUACACCCAAAAAAGAAAGGCGCGCUGUUACUGUGGUACAACCAGUUAUAACCCGAAAAGAACAACGUAAAACUGAUGAAAAAAUUACUGUUGAUCAUCCAACUUCUUCCGAACAAUCGGUUGUUAAUACAACGACAGUAACAACAAUUAAUGCACCAACAUCAGCCAUUUCUACUGCUACUGGUACUACCAUUUCUGUAACUACACUUCCAAGUUCUUCUACAUUAACUACGACAGCUAACAUAGAAAGAAAUAAUAUCGUUUCUGAAGUUAAAACUUUAACAACGUCAAAUGCAAUUAAAAAAGUAACUAAUAUAGGAGGGAAACCUGUGGCUGUAGUAAAAACUAACGCAGCACAAAGUUUAUUGCAAUCAAGUCAACAGCAUUUUCCUCAUCAUCAAAUACAAGUGUCCACAUCUGCGGGACUGCAAACUAUAAGAUUGUCAGGGCAUUCUGUACUUCAUUCUGCUCAACCUACUUCAACAAGUACUAGUUCUUGUAUAGGAAGCACUACUACAAACUUAGCAACAAUAUUUCCUAAUGCUAAAGUUCAAAGUCAACAACAGCAACAAACUGUAGUAACGAGUCAAACUGGGAAAAGUAUUUUGCAAACUUCUAAUAUAAAACAACAAUCUCAACAACCACACGUAUUGCCUGGUAAAACAUUACUGGCAUCUCAAAUAAAAUUAGUCAGUUCAGGACAAAUAAAAUCAUUACUCACAGGACAUGGCCUUCAAGGUCAAACGAUAUUUAUUAAACAAUCAUCUCCAUCCAAUAAUCAGUCUCAACAAUUACAACAACAACAACAACAAUUAAAGCAACAGCAGCAGCAGCAGCAACAGCAACAACAACAACAACAGCAGCAGCAGCAGCAGCAGCAACAACAACAACAACAACAGCAGCAGCAGCAGCAGCAACAACAACUACAAAGAGUCGUAACUAAUCAACAACAGAUACAGACAUCAGGAAUGCAACGUAUAAUUGCACAAAUCAGCGGUAAACCAAUUGCUGUGCAAAUACAACAAUCUCCGCAUCAAUCACAACAGCAACAGCAACAACAACAAAAAAUAUUGGCGAAGGUUUUAACUAGUACAGGUGGAGGACAACUUAUCUCUGUAGAAAGUUUACUUGCACAAAAGGGAUUAAAACUAGCAACCAAUGCUACUCAUACUAACCAAGUAAAUAGACAAGGCAAACAAGUCAUACAAACUCAGUACCAGGUGGUGUCACAGAGUCAAACAUCUUCGGCACAAUCGAAAAUUAUUGCUAGUACACAUCAACAAUCUCAGUCACCUCAAACUCAGACAGUCAGAAUGGUCACAGCACAAAUUGCUGGAAAACCUAUUGUCCUGGCAAGUGGAAAUAAGAGUGUUGGCGUUGGAGUAAGUGGGAGUGGAAAUGUAGUUCUUGGAAAACAGCAGAACCCACAACAACAACAAAGUCAACAGCAACCAAUAAUUCUACCAAGUCAGUUGCUAAAUAUUAAAACGUUACAUGGUCUCAAGGUGAUACCAACGCCUACAGGACUGAAGACAACAGGCGCUGCAGUUUAUGCUAGGGUUAUCGCGCCGACAACGAUCUCUUCGACUCAGUCGACAGUAAAUCAACAACAACAACAGCAACAACAACAACAACAACAACAACAACAACAACCUGCUCAAACACAACCAUCAAAGAACAAUUCACAUAGCACACCUUGACAAAAUUAAUAUGGUUUGUUUUAUUAUAUACUUCUUCAUUGAUUCGGCCGUUUAUAUUUUCAAUACUUUAAAACUAUUACAGGUCUAAAUCUCGUAUGAUUUACUUGUAAAACCCUAGUUAAAGUAUGUAGCACUUCAUUGUUGCAUCGUAUUUAAUAUAUACAACAGAAAAUGUUGAACACACAGAAAUUCCAAAACUUUCGGGCAACACAACAGAACAAUAGCUCUGUACGAAUAGGAAUGAGGCGAUGGAUAAUAUAUGAUGCAUAAAUGAAAAAAUACGCGAAAUUUGUAUUAUGUAUGGAGUAUUUACAAAUGCAUGAUAUAAUUUGAAUACAAAGCACUAUUUGCUCUUGUGUUUUGAAAAUAUGUAGUGUUAAGUAUAAAUAAACUUACAUGUAAGAAAAUAUUAAGUUAUCUUUUUACAAGUUUUUGCCUUUGAAAAAAAAAAGAAAAAAAAAAAAGAAACUAUUCAGAACACCUAGGCAGCACAAGCUACCGCGUCUUUGGUUCACCCUUUUCUCAAGGAUAUCAUUAGAGACAGUCAAUGUGUUCUUACCAUAUUACAUAGAUAAAUACACAUAUACUAAUAACAUUAAAUUGCAUAACAGGAAGUCAUAAGCUAAGUGUAUCUGUUAAAGCAAACAGCUAUAACAGGUAAAUUAACAAAAUGCUCACAUUAUUACACUUAGCGUAUUAAAAUAAACUUUGUUAUAUUUGAGAACUUCUUAUUUCUUCGAAUAUGUCAAUGAGAUUAUUGACACCUAUUAAAUAACCGUCUUCGUGACUUCCCACUUGCCAUUCAACGUCGUGACGAAUUUCAGAUAAAUGUUGUGGUAAAGGCAAUGUUUUUGCGAAGUCAAUCAUCCAUAUACCGGCACUUGUAACGUCGUGUACAAACAAUAAGCUCGAACCAACAACUUCAUGUGAAGCAAAAAAUGGAGAUGCCUUUAGCGUCGUUCGUAUAGCUUUAAGGCGUUGUAAAUAUUUUGGAACUACGUGUACAUAACCUUCAACAAAACGCUUAAGAGCUUCUGUAACCUAAGGUAAAACUUUAGAUUAUAAUAUGUAUCUUUGUUGUCAUAUUUAAUAUUUUUUUAUUUAAACACGAUUGAUUAGCUAGUAUAUAAUUGCAAACCUGUUCACGAGUUUUAGUUGUUUUAAAAUCUUUUGAAGAUCCACCAUUUGCUAAUUUUAUACCUUCAACUCGAAAUCCGAGUGUAGCCGUACUAGAAAUUGUUUCUCGCCAGACCAUAUAUCUUGGCUUUGUGACACCCUGUAAUCGAUGUUCUUCGACAUUUGGUGCAGUGGGAUCAAUUUGUACCAUUUUCUCAUACAUGUCUUUCCGUAGCUACAUAACAAAAAAUUAUACAAAAAUUCUACUGUACAUAAAACAUAACGUCUUCCUUUCCGUGUAAGUUCAUCACGUUUAUUAUUAUUGUUAUUAUUAUUAUUAUUAUUAUUAUUAUUAUUAUUAUUAUUAUUAUUAUUAUUAUUAUUAUUAUAAUAAUUAUUAUUAUUAUUUUAUACAGUAUUCAUUAUAUUGUAUCCUAUGGUACCUUAGGUCUUUCUUUGGCUUUUGCCAAUUCAGAUUCAAGAUAUGUUCGUAUUCCGACUUUACAAUCCAUCACACAAGGUUGUUCAAAUUCUCCCAAAAGAUCUUGAAGUUGCAUAUAUGAACAAACAAUAGAUCCCUUUUCUAUUUUUUUAUCUUCAUCUUUAUUCUUGGUUUUUGACUCAGAAUCUUCACAGUUUUUUUCUUCAGAUUCUCGAAUAUCCAAAACUCCUUUAAAUUCAGGUACAUAUGGUCUCAGAAUAUCGCGCAUUAGUAAACGGAAACAAGCUUCUUCCUGUGAGCAGUAUCUCUUUAAGAUAGUUCCUGGUGUAGGCCCAGCACGAAAGUUUCCUUGAUGUCCAGCUAAUUGUACCUAAAUGAAAAAUUAUGAAAUAAAUAUUGAAUAUGUGAAAUUA